UAUAUGAAACUAAGGUUCCAUUAGAAUUUAAUGCAAUCCUCCAGAUUGGUUGUGUUUGCAAGGUGGACAAAACCGCAAUGGUUCGUAAUGCGCAGGAUGGUUGGAAUAUGAGCGAGUUACAGAUGAAGACUACAGCAGAAUGCUCUUAUUUGGAGAAAGGGAUUCCUUUUUUCUAUUUGUAUCACAGUUUCUUGGAGGGAAGGGGAAUAUAUAUUGCAUAUAUUGCUGUAUCUAGCACCAUAUCUGCCAUUGUUGUCGAUCCAUUUCAGAACAAAGAACUCUCCUCAUCUCUUCUUGAAAAACAAUUCCAUGAAGCUUGCCAAGCGUUGUCCAUUGACCCUCCAGCACCUGGAAGUCGCAUAACUUUCAAGGUGGACUAUGUUAAAUCAAUUGAAGCUGGCGAGCAACAUUUGCAAAGAGCAUUAACUGAAUUCAGAGUAAAGAAUUUUGGGCCAACUGUUGGUCUCAUAGAAUCCCCAAAUUUCCAAUCCAUUAAAUCAGCUAUAAGAGUUUUAGAUGAUUUCCCUUGUGUCAGCAUUCCAUGUAAUGCUCGUGACAGCUGUUAUCAGGUUCUUGGUUGGCAAGUCACGGCUGGAAAAAUUGGCAUGCAACGAUGUGCUGCCUCAUCACAGUGGCUCAAUGAACGAGUUCUUCUAUCAAGAUAUGCUCAUAUACCUUUAGGAAAUUUUGAGGUCGAUUGGAUUCUUUUUACUGCUGAUGUUUUGUUCUCUAGGGCAUUACGUGAUCAACAGCAGAUACUUUGGACAUCUGAUGAUGGCAUUCCCGAUCUGGGAGGUAUUUUCGAGGGAGAUACAUGCUUUGUUGAUGAAGUUAGUCAACCAGCUUUUACUUAUCCUGGGGCCUACAGAAGAGUGGCGGUUGAAUUAAAGAUUCAUCAUUUAGCUGUCAAUGCUCUUCUCAAAAGCAGCCAAAUUGAAGAAAUGGAAGGAGUAUCUUUAUUUGGAUAUGACCAUGAAAUGCAUUCUGGAUCACAUGUUCCUGAAACUGAUUUUGAUGAAACUACCUCAUGUGCACCUGCAUUUCGAGAACUUAAGCGACUGAUACGAAGAUGCAUCUCGGAUGUAGUGACAUCCGAAAAUGUAUUUGCUGAUGCGAUACAGCAACACCUUUAUCGAUGGCUUUGCAGUCCUCUCUCCAAACUUCAUGAUCCUGCUCUUCAUCGUGUUCUGCACAAGGUCAUGGAAAAGAUUUUUGCUCAUUUGUUGGUUGAACUUCAGAAACUUGGGGCCACACUAAUCUUUGCAAAUUUCUCUAAGAUUAUUAUAGACACUGGAAAAAUAGAUCUGCCAGCGGCCCAUGAAUACUGUUAUUCUUUAUUAAAAAAUCUGAAGUCAAGGGAUCUUUUUGAGCGGAUCAAGCUUGAACCUUUGCAUUUCUGGCAUUAUUUCCUAUUUAUGGAUCAGUAUAACUAUGGAGGGAUUCAAGCCAAAAUCACAACCGGAAGUGAUGUGGAAAUUACAGAGGAUGAAUCUCAGGUGGAAACCAUAUCAAGCUGGAAUAUAGCAGAAUACUUGCCAAAAGAAACUCAGGAUCAUUUUAUUCUGAUCGCCUCUGAGUUCAUGUAUAAACCUUGGAAGUACUCAAGAGAGCAAAUUAGAACGCGUAUGGCUACAACGGUUGGUAGCACAUUUACUCCAUCUGCUGAACGUCUUGAAGCAUCUGUUACAGAGUAUCUUAAAGGCCAGAAGAAAAUAGAUGAAGGUGAUUCUAAAAACCGUGGACUACCCCAAAUGUCUGAUUCGAAUCCAUAUAAAGGUGACGCUGCAUCGGAAUUCAUCAAACAUGUCUGUGCCGUCCUCUCUCUGGACCAUAAUGUUCAGCAUGACAUUCUGAAGAUGAGAGAAAAGUUAUUAAUGAUUGUUCUGGGGAAGGAGUUUUCCCCUCCGUGCCCAUCCUUCAAGCUUGCAAAUGUUAUUUGCAGCUAUUGCAAUGAUUGCCGUGACCUCGAGUUACGUCGUGAUUCGUCACUUCUGGAUCAAGAAUGGUGCUGUGCAGUGCCACAAUGUGGGCAGCCGUACAAUCGUGAACAUAUGGAAAAUUAUCUUCUUCAAAUAGUUCGACAGAGGGAAAGGCUGUACCAUCUGCAGGACCUUGUGUGCCUCGGAUGCGGACAAGUUAAAGGCACGCUUUUGGCAGAGCAAUGUGCAUGUGGCGGCUUAUUCAGGUGCAAGGAAUCUGCUUCGGAAUUUCAGAGCAGAAUGCUAUUGUUUAGGGACAUUUCCAUUCGCCAAAAGUUCCAACUGCUACAGGAAUGUAUCUGUUGGAUUUUAGAAGAGCCAUAGCUGCCUGAAUAAUUUUUUUAGUGGCCACGUGAACAUCUUCAUAAAACCUUGUUUCCAACAUUUCGAAAGUGAGGGGUUCUUUGCAGGUGAGAAGGUGGCUGCUUGGUUGGUGUGUGUGUGGGUGAAGCUACCAUUUUUGUCUGUGGGACUGAAGGGGCAACAUGUGAUAAUCUGAGAUUUAAGUUUACAUUUAUGAACUUCUUUCUAAAAGACACCUUCCAGCUCGUAAAGCCCUAAAGAUAUGUCAUCUAGCAUGUGUGGUUCUUGAUAGCUUAUUAAUUAUCAGCCUGCUUGAUUGCUC